AUGGAGGACAAGGGAUUCUCUCACCAGAAGCUUGAACAAGAGGGGAAAACAGAUGUUCACUCGAAGGUGCCCAUGAAACUUCAAAAGGCAGACACCUCGUUGGUUGAUGCAUAUGUGGACCCGGAACCUCCAACAAUGUUACAUCUUGGAAAUAUUAUGGCCCUCCUGCUCUCUUUACUGACAGCCCUGGUGGCGUUCAGCUGUGGCCCUGCUCCAUCUCUGGGUUGUGAUCUGCCUCAAAUCCACAGCCUGGCUAGUGAGAAGAUCGUUGACCUUCUGGACCAAAUGCAGAGACUCCCCACUUUCAUCUGUCUGAAUGACAGAAAGGACUUCAGAUUCCCCCAGGAGAUGGUGGAUGGCAGCCAGCUCCAGAAGGCCCAGACCAUCGCUUUCCUCCACGAGAUGCUCCAGCAGAUCUUUGAACUCUUCCAUAGAAAGGACUCCUUUCCUCCUUGGGACACUACCCGCCUGCACCAGGUCCUCAGUGGACUCCUUAAACAGCAGAAAGACUUGGAGACCUGCUUCGUGCAGGCAACGGAAGAGGAAAAAUCUGUCCUGCCCAUUGAGGCCCCUGAAGUGGCUGUGAAGGAGUACUUUGAGGGAAUCUGGUCCUAUCUGAAAGAGAAGGAAUACAGUGAGUGUGCCUGGGAAGUUGUCAGAGUGGAAAUCAGGAGAUCUUUCUCUUCAUCGACAAACUUGCAAGAAAGGUUAAGAACAAAGGAUGGUGACAUGAGUUCAUCUUGA